GUUCGCCGGCGAACGUCUUCGGGAUGAAAGUGUGAAAGAAAGAGAAGAAGAGUGAAAAUUUGAGUGAGGGAAUCGCGUAAAUCCAGAUAAUGUAAACCUAGCUUUGUGAAAUUGAGAGUUUGUCGAGAACAUCUCCUUGGAUCGUGUGAUCGUGUUUGGUACGCAUGAACACGAAAUGUAGGAGUGCGAGGGGAAGGAAGGGUGAAGGGGAGUGUUCUGUUUCUGUGUCUGCGUUUUGUGGGUGUCGCGAAAAGUUGUGAUUCUUUGAAAUAAAACGUUAGGUAAUAGAAACAGACAAGUAGUGAAUGUUCCCUAUUAAUAGACGGUUGAAGCAGUAUUGUGAUAGGAUUUAAUGAAAUAUACACGUGUUUAUGUAGUAUCAGCUACAUGACGGCUAAAUAUAUUUAUUUACUAUGCAGUAGUAUAAUAACAUCCAUUCAUAAAACAGUUGCUGUCGCGCUAAACCCUUCCAAAAUUAACCAAUGUCAGUCAACAAAUGACAUCUUCAUAAAUGAUACACACAGAAGCUAUGUUGACAAAUAGAAGAUGCAAUGACAAUGCCUCGAGAAAACCGUUCAGAACGUAUUCGUAAUAAAGUGUGAACAUAACCAAAAGCAACAAUAAACAUCCACCAUGGAUAUGGGCGUCCGAAAACUGCCCAAAAAACGAAAAUUUGAUCCGGCUGAGUUGGAGGAAACCACCACAACUGCUUCAUACAUUCCCGUGUCUGUUGUGCAAAGUGUUAUGUCAACACCACCACAAGCAACGGCAGUUGACUAUUCAUGUCCUACCAAUAAACAAAACAGCGUCGAUCUCAGUGAGUGGUGUAAUCACAGGGUGCUUGCUAAACAAGGAGACUGGUAUUAUCCGGGAGUCAUCCGUGAAGCUUGUGGUAGUAAUAUAACUGUAGAACUAGACGGUAAAGAAGAAAAACUGAUCCACUUCACGAACGUAUUCGAUAACGAAUGUUACAAUGUAAUAGGAGACGCAAGUCCGUCUAAGAACGAAGUAACAUUAGGCGCGCGUGUGUGCGUCCGACAUAAUCAGCAACAAAUGUUCGUGGAGGGUGUCGUUUUCAAUAUAUGUAACGAAGGGCAACUUGUUCGUUUUGUAGUGGCUGUAAUAGGCGAAAAACAAUUAAAAAUAACCGUGAAGCGAUCCGAAUUACGCUUAUUACGUCCACCGUGGUACGACGAAUUGGUUGAUCCUCCCCCCAUCCAUGACGCCGUAACUCCCAAGUUAGAAUAUUUUCAACCCACGACGGUGUCCCCGCAGUUGCACACCCCUGUAUCCGUUUGCACGCCACAAUCGAACGGCAAAACCUACGAUGAUUACUGUGAAAGUGAAGAAGACGAAUUACGAAGAGGUGAUAUUACUUUUAACUCGGAAGUAGACGCGAAACUUUCAGGAAGUUCGAAAAGAAGUAGUAUGCAUAGUAGAGGAAGUUCCUCAAGUAGUGUUACUCCUAGAUCUCAGCCCACGACGCCGCGAAGUCAGGCCGCUACUCCCCAUAAGUAUAAGAAAGGCGACGUUGUUUCAAACCCGAACGGUAUCAGAAAGAAGUUCAACGGAAAACAAUGGAGGAGGUUGUGUUCAAAAGACGGUUGCACGAAAGAGUCUCAAAGGAGGGGAUAUUGUUCAAGGCAUCUUAGCCUUAAAGGUAAUAGUCUUCGAAGUGGCCCUGCUUUUCCACGUUCUAAUAGUAAAGCAGAUGGUGAGGAUACUUCCAGAGAUUCAGAAACGUCGCCGAAUUGCAACGACAGACGAAUUACCGGACGUUUUGACCAAGAGGAAACGGAUGCUGCGAAUAUGUUGGUAUCAUUAGGUAGUUCGCGUUCGGCCACUCCAGCAUAUUCACCCAAUCAUCAAGGAUCCUCACCCCACACGAUGCAAUCUCCGAUUACGGUUGGGUCAAGACAAAAUGUAUUCAUGCCCAUUAUUAGUCCAGGCUUGCAAAAAAUCAACUCGCCUGGACCACCUGGGUACAACACGCCGUAUCACCAACCGCUAAUAAGGCCUGAGUCUGUUCGGCCUAUACAAGGUGUUCCCAGUGUAAUAAGACUGUCGCCCAGUCCGAGACAAUGGGGCCCUACUCCAAGCGAACAGCAGAGUGUGAUAUUACAGCAUGCCCUCACAAGUUCUACGACUCAAACGAUAGAUGGAGAUAGCAGCCAAAUUUCAUCCGGAACUGUGUAUUGUGUCAUGCCCCAACCACAUGAAAAGAACGUAAUGGUAAUAAAAAAUGACAUAGAAAAUGAACCUAAAGAGAACAAAUCAUUUCAAAGACAAGUCAUUCAGAGUGAUCAUUUAAUUCAAGCGCAAACGAUUCACGUUGCAUCAAAUAAUGUUAGUAAUUUAAACAAUACACAUUCCGCAGAAGUUGGUAUAGUACAAGCGAAUUCCAAUAACGCAAGUCUACUACCAGUUAUAGUUAACCCGACGCAGUUGUUGCCAGUUUUGCCUUCUGCUUCACAGUCGGUAGUCAAGAAGGUUAUUCCAACUGCCACAGUGCAACAGCCAACAGCUCCCGUCAUCGUAAAGACCGACCAAGUGUCUAAUAUGCAAAAUCAUAAAGAUAACGUCAUCCAACAUGCUUCACUUCAAUCGCAGACGCAUCCAAGACUUGUCCAACCCCAUCCCACUUCACCUCAAUUCACUCAAAACCAAACCCGACCGGUCAUACCUCAACAGAAAAUCACUGCCAAUUCGCAGUCCGCAUUCGUAAUUCCUUGGCAUUCGAUCGUCCCCAUUUUGACAGCUUGUCCCGACCCCAAUUCCCCGCCGUUGUCCGAGCUUUCGCCCCCGCUGUCUGCGCCUCCCGUUCCCACAGCCCCGUCGGUGUCGAAAGUGGAAGUGGACGACGACGGAGACGUGGAACUGAUGACUAUUCCAGCCGAAGAAGACGAUGACGUCUUCGAAAACGAAGCAUCCGAGACCAAUAGCAUCAGCGAGAGUGCGACGAACAAGCGCAGAACGCAGUCGCUAAGUUCGUUACAAAACAACACGAAAGACAAUAAUUUAGUCAAGAGCAAGGAUCGCAUUCGGAGACCGAUGAACGCGUUUAUGAUUUUUUCGAAAAGACAUAGGACUUUGGUGCACCAGAGACAUCCGAAUCAGGAUAAUAGAACGGUUUCUAAGAUAUUAGGAGAGUGGUGGUAUGCUUUGGCACCUGAACAGAAGAGGAAGUAUCACGAGUUGGCGUCCGAAGUGAAAGAGGCUCAUUUCAAGGCGCAUCCGGAGUGGAAAUGGUGUAAUAAAGACAGGCGGAAAUCGUCGACUGGUUCAACUAGAAGCAAGUUAAGUUCGACUGGCGAUAGUGUGGAAGUCGGUGAACUUCCGGUUAGUCCUCAAGCGUUAAAUUCCCCAGCGCCCAUUUCUGAGCCUUCGCGUCAAGUUCUUCAAGAGAACCCAGCUGAUGUUAGCGACGACGAUCAGAUGGUGAUAUGUGAAGAAGGCGGUGGUGUUGAAAUCGACCUAAAAUGCAAAGAGAAGGUUACAGAUUCUGAUUCUGAAUCGCAAAGCGACGUAGAAACUUCUCUCGAGAAUCGAAGUUUUCCGCAGCAACGUUUUAGUCCCGUUUCGAGUAAGAAUUCCACAGAUGUGACUUACAGGCCUAAACCUAUAAAAGCAAUAAUACCCACGUCUGAUAGUACUACGAAAUAUAGCGCCACGUCUAGUUCCAAUACGUUAAGUUAUUAUUCUCCCGUGAAUCCGUCGGGUAUAACAGGAUUUCAGCCAACAGGAGGCGCUUUUAAAACAAUGCCUGUGUCACCGAAAGUUGGCAAGAACGAAGUCAAAACUGACCAGAACGAAAUCGGUGAAUGGAGUAACUUCAGUGACAGUUGUAAUAAUAUUGUCACUGUUAAGAGUAAUGACGCUGUGUCGCAGUGGGUGUCAUCAUCAGGUAUACAAACUACCACUAUUUCAAGUAAAUCAAAUCAUACUCUAACAAUAUUAAAACCGCAAGCGAAAGAAUCUUCAAUUAUUCAAAUGGGCGACAAUCAUAAUCAGACCAAUCAAUUUCCAAAUCAACCUGUGACAGUUGCCAUUUUUACCGGUCAACCUGCAUUGUGUUUAUCAAAUGAUACUGAAAGAUCUCAACCUGUUGUUGUAGUUGCAUCAACACCUUCAGAACAUCCUGUACAAUAUGUUUAUAUGCCACCACCUUUCACAGUCUCAGAUUCAAGCGGUCGCAAUUUAUCUUUACCAGUCCAGUUGGUACCUAAAACAGCUGCACAAUCAGUCAUUGUUAGUCAACCUUUAAACAAACCACUGAGCCAAGGAAUACCGCUACAAUCUGACGUUCAGACAUCUCAGACUCAGAUUUCUACAUCAUCGUCAAACUCAGGCGGGUUUAUAAAGUUGGAAAACAAAGAUUCAAAGUGUGGAGAUAAAGACCAGAAACUUUCUUUGUCAGAAAGUCACAAUCCCGACGCCUCGGAUACCAAAAAAGAGUUUAAAUUGGCACCAACGCCGGCUCAGUUGGGGAAAGCGCCUUUGCAAAGGCGACAGUCUAUGGCUUUGUAUCCUUCAAAUAACCAAUCUCUGGCUGAAAAUGCAUCUGUCCCUUUGCGCUCUCCCAGUAUGGAAAACUCAUUAUCGGACUGUCCUCUGAUCUCACCUGUAACCAAGAAAAGUCUGUUUAAGCGAAAUAAAGAAGACGGAAUGGACAAAGUUUUGGAGCAAGUCAACUUCGAGAAAAAAUUUUGUUCCCUUCCUCAGUUCAAGCCCGAAGAAUGUCAAUCACCAAGUGCCAUUUCCACAUCAAGCCCUGGCCUUUUCGUAUACAAUAAGAAACGGAAUCUUAGCGCGACUCAUCGUUCGUCGAUCGACGAAGAAUCCGAAGGAGAAACUCCUCAAUCUGUGCCAAAGUCGGCAUCUUCGUUAAAGCCUGCCGUGUUUUUUGGUCCCGAUUUCAGCAUGGAGAGCGUCCGCGAAAUGACCGAAAUGGGCGACGCGAACUCCCCACGCACCCCUCGUACCCCGGGCACGUCGAAGGAGUCGGAAAAGGGACACAGGAAGAUCUUGGAACAAAGGAGGCAGUUAGUGAUGCAACUAUUUCAAGAGCAUACCUAUUUCCCGUCGGCUCAGGCGACCUCGAAUUUCCAAUCGCUGCAUUCGGAUAUAUUUCCAAGUAAAGCUAGUUUGCAGCUGAAGAUCCGCGAAGUAAGACAGAAAGUGAUGGCGAGGAGUAACCUCACGCCCCACAGCACGAGCAGUCAGAGUAGUCCCCUCACUCCCGCAGAACCCUUAAAUGUAUCCUCCAGUAGUUAGCUAGUAAUGUGCAAUAAUGUGUUGUCUUCCUUCUCUUACAUAAUUGUCAAAUUAACUGAAGAGAACGGUUAGUGACCCUUGUUAUUUCGUAUUCGUAUCCGAAUAUGGUGAGGUGUAAAUAGAAUAUUGAUUUUAAGUUAAGUCAAUUCCUGAAGUAGUGCAAUUGUGAAUCAUAUGCAUGUUAUUUGUAAUAAUUUUAUAUAAUUUA